CUUGGUGAUGGGAGCAGGACAGAGGCCGAUAAAGGGGAAGAGACGACCAGGGUCUGCAGAGCCCUAAGCUGUGGUCCGGGAAGGAGAAGGGUUGAGGUGGAGGAUGGGCAUUUGUGCCCCGGCGGGAGGCGGGGCGGCCUCACAUUGGCCCAGCGGGCGCCCCUCCUCGCCGGGUUGACCCGGCCAAGGCCCAGGAAAAGCUGAGGCGAUAUCGGCGACAGAGGAGAAAUGGCUGAGUUUACGCGGCUGCAGAACGCCCUGGCGCUGCUUCGCCUACGAAACCCGCCGGUCAACGCUCUCAGUGUGUCUGUACUCCAUGGAAUAAAAGAGGGGUUGCAGAAAGCUCUAACAGAUCGUACAGUAAAAGCCAUUGUGAUUUGUGGAACAGAUGGCAUCUUCUCUGCAGGUGCCGAUAUCCAUGGCUUCAGCGCUCAUAAAACCUCUGACUUAACACUGGGAGAUAUAGUAGAUAAAAUACAGAGAUAUGAGAAGCCUGUGGUGGCUGCUAUCCAAGGCUUGGCUUUAGGAGGAGGACUGGAGCUGGCCCUGGGCUGUCACUAUAGGAUUGCCCAUGCAGAGGCUCAAGUUGGCUUUCCAGAAGUCACACUUGGAAUCCUUCCUGGUGCAAGAGGAACCCAGCUUCUCCCCAGACUUAUUGGAGUUCCUGCUGCACUUGACUUAAUUACCUCGGGAAGACAUAUUUCAGCAAAUGAAGCCCGUAAGCUGGGUAUUCUAGAUGAAGUUGUGAACUCAGACCCAGUUGAAGAAGCAAUCAGAUUUGCCCAGAGAGUUUUAGAUCAAACUCUAGAAUCCCGUAGAAUCUGCAAUAAGUCAGUUCAGAGCUUGUCCAACAUGGACACCAUUUUCAGUGAAGCCCUUUUGAAGAUGCGAAAGCAGUACCCUGGGUGCCUUGCUCAGGAGACUUGCGUCCGUGCAGUCCAGGCCGCUGUCCAAUAUCCCUAUGAGACGGGCAUCAAGAAGGAAGAGGAGCUGUUUAUGUACCUUCAGAAAUCAGGGCAGGCUAGAGCCCUGCAAUAUGCUUUCUUGGCGGAGAGGAGUGCAAAUAAGUGGUCCACUCCCUCUGGAGCAUCCUGGAAAACAGCAUCGGCACAGCCCAUCUCCUCUGUUGGCGUUCUCGGCUUGGGAACGAUGGGCCGAGGCAUUGCUGUUUCUUUUGCAAAGGCCAAAAUCCCUGUGAUUGCUGUAGAACCAGACAAGAAGCAACUAGAGAAUGCAAACAAGAUAAUAACCUCCCUCUUGGAAAAGGAAGCAUCCAAAAUGCAGCAGAGUGGCCAUCCUUGGUCAGGACCAAAACCCAGGUUAACUACAUCUAUGAAAGAGCUUAGUGGUGUAGAUUUAGUCAUUGAAGCAGUAUUUGAGGAAAUGAACCUGAAGAAACAGGUCUUUGCUGAGCUGUCAGCCGUGUGCAAGCCACAAGCAUUUUUGUGCACCAAUACUUCCGCCCUGGACAUUGAUGAAAUUGCUUCUUCCACCAAUCGUCCUCACUUAGUCAUUGGCACCCACUUCUUCUCACCAGCUCAUGUGAUGAAGUUGUUAGAGGUUAUUCCCAGCCGAUACUCUUCCCCCACUACCAUUGCCACUGUUAUGAAUUUAUCAAAAAAGAUUAAGAAAAUUGGAGUAGUUGUAGGCAACUGUUUUGGAUUUGUUGGAAAUCGAAUGUUGAAGCCUUAUUAUGAUCAGACAUAUUUCUUAUUAGAAGAUGGCAGUAUGCCAGAGGAGAUAGAUCAGGUGCUGGAAGAGUUUGGUUUCAGAAUGGGACCUUUUAGAGUAUCUGAUCUUGCUGGGUUGGAUAUAGGUUGGAAAUCUCGGAAAGGGCAAGGUCUUACUGGACCUGCAUUGCCUCCAGGAACUUCUGCCCGAAAGCGAGGCAACCAGAGAUACUGCCCAGUUCCUGAUAUGCUCUGUGAAUUGGGACGGUUUGGCCAGAAGACAGGUAAGGGUUGGUACCUUUAUGAUAAGCCAUUGGGUAGGAUUCACAAACCUGAUCCCUGGUUUUCCAAAUUUCUGACACAGUACAGAGAAACCCAUCACAUUGAACCACGUGUCAUUAGCCGGGAUGAGAUCCUUGACCGCUGCUUAUAUUCACUCAUCAAUGAAGCAUUCCGCAUCCUGGAAGAUGGGAUAGCAGCUACCCCAGAGCACAUUGAUGUGAUCUAUUUACACGGGUAUGGAUGGCCAAGGCACAGGGGUGGGCCUAUGUUCUAUGCUUCCACAGUUGGGUUGCCCAUAGUGCUAGAGAAGUUGCAGAAAUAUCACAGGCAGAAUCCUGAUAUUCCCCAACUGGAGCCUUGUGACUAUCUGAAAAAACUGGCUUCCCAGGGAAACCCUCCCCUGAAAGAAUGGCAAAGCUUGGCAGGACCCCCCAGCAGUAAGUUGUGAUUCAGCCUUUUGGGUUUUGACUCACAUACUGGCAUCAGGUAAUGCUUGCUGAAUUUCAUUGAAAUUAAAUCCAAGAUCCAAAGUAAGAGGGCUCUGAAAUACAAAGCAAAAGGAAUAAUCAGUUGGCUAAACUUCCUCUUUGGGUCUUCUGUCUGAUGGUAAUUCUAAUGUCAGAUCUUCAGGAAUGUGCUUCUUAUGCCUCAGAAUCUGUCCCUAACAGAUAAAUGACUUUAAUUACGGGGAAUAAACUUGUGUUAACACCAUAAUAGCUAAGGAGAAAGCCUCAGGAAUAAGUUGAGGUUCUCAAAUUCUUUGAUCUUUGGAGGAAUAUAUCAUCAAUUGUUAACUGAUAAAUGCAGCUGAGUCCUAAAUUCAUUUUGAGCCCUUUCAGCCUCACACAUGUAGGAAGUCUUAUGGACCCUUCACUCAACAGACAUUUAUUGUGCCCCCCUGAGCAUCUUGCACAGCACUCAACAGAUCUAGAGUCCAGAGGGGCAUUAAUCCUGCAAGGAAGCUGGGAUAAAGCUCAGUUCAUAGCCUCAGAGGUGGAGCAGAGAUGGUUGGCAGGGUAGAGUCGGCAGUGAGGGUCUCUAUGCAUGAGUUGAAAAGCUGCCCAAGGAGAGGCAGAGGCAAUAACCAGAGGCAAGGUAUCAACAGCAGAACAGUGUUAAUGCUGUAGGCCAAACACAGUUGGGAAUCGGUGAGGAAAUCACAAUCUUCCCACCAGAAUGUGGAACUCAGGGUAGUGUGGCAAGCCAUGCUCAAUAACCAUUCCUGUCCAAGGCCCAUGUGCAUAGUUGUCUUUGCUGUUUGUUCCCAAUGUUUGAUGGUAAUUUCCUCAGGACCCGGAAUGUCUACAACCUGGUUGGUCAGUCUUUCUUUCUCUCUCUCUCUCCUUCUUGGCCCAUACUUGUGGCAUAAGGAGGUUCCCAGGCAAGGGGUCCAUUC